GUUUUAGAGGCAGUGAAGGCUUGCUUUAAUGAUUUAACAUGAGAGUGAAAAUAUUGUCACAGAAAUUGGAUCCAAAUAUGAGAAAAGGAUGCAGAAGCUGCGUCAGGAGGAAGAACUAAGACGCAAGACGGAGAUUCAUGAGAACGAGGAGCAAAAGAACAGCCACAUCAACAUGCUUAUGAAGAAUCAUGAGAAAGCUUUCAGAGACAUCAGAAACUACUUCAAUGACAUAGUCUACAAAAAUCUGGACUUUAUCACUUCACUCAAGGAAGAGUUAAAGGACAUGAAAAGGAAGGAGGAGAAAAGAAAUAAAGAGAUGGCGGAAGUGCUUGAGCAGAAUAAGGAGCUUAGAGAGUCUCCACAAAAGGCCAAAGAGGAAGUCGCAGAGCUUCAGAAACAGCUUGCCAACUAUGAGAAGGACAAGAGUGCUCUAACUAGAACGAGAGCUCGUCUCAAAAUAUUUGACAGAGAAUUGAAGGAGCUUAAGUGGGAGCAGUUGGAGCAGAGAUUUACUAAGGUUCAGUUGGAGCGAUAUGAAUUGUACAUGAAGUUCACUAAAGCCAUCCUGGAAGUUCAGCAGAAAAGUGGCUUCAAAAACCUGCUGCUGGAGUGCAAACUGAGUGCACUCAAUGACACGCUGGAAAAGAAGGAAGCCCAGCUCAGUGAAGUGCUGUCUGUUUCCAACCUGGACCCUACUACCCUCAGUGUGGUCACCCAUAAACUGGAGGUACAUUUAUGA